GAAUAAGACAACCGCCCUGAGCAACUCCAAACCCUCCGAACCCAGACCUCACGACUUCAUCAUCACAGAUUCAACAUGGCAAACGGUUGGAGUAUCGUCAUUGGCCUCAUUAUUGUUGUGCUUGCUUGUGCGGCAGCAUGGAUCCUCUCCCCUAAAGGCGAAAAUCAAACAAUCUGGCGCAGUUCCCUCAUCCUCUCUUUCGCAAGUUGUUAUAUUAUGUGGGCAAUUACGUUCUUGGCGCAAUGGCAUCCACUCAUCGUACCCAGAAGAGGAGACUUAAGAGAUGAUUAUGCAAGACAUAUGAGUUGAGUGGUUAUUACAGGUGGACACGCAAGAUAGUGGAAGAGAAUGAAGAUAAAUGAGAUGUAUUAUUUGGCGUUCUUGGGAUGGGAUCGACUCUAAUGGAGGAAUGAAAUGCGACUCGUGUAUACUUAUAGGAAUUGAUUGUGGAAAUAGAAGCUUUGGUUUAUCAGGCACUGAAUUGAGCUUCUGAUUAGUCUGCCUCUCGGCAAUGGCCUCCGGAGGUCCAACGGAGCGAUACUUGUAUCUCUUAUUCGAUUGUUUCUGAUGCGGUCAAGCCCCAAGACCCCAGUCUCCUCGCUGCGCUCAAAGGUCGGUUUGCAACAUGGUCCUGGAAGUAUAGGCAAAUCCUGCGGAGAUCUAUGCCUUUGCAGCGAAUUUGGGAUUGCAGAUGUCUGGUUUACUUUGGCAAGUGGAGAUCUAUGUAUGAGCAUGUCAUCAUUCUGCGCAGUAGUGCACCAUUUCCUCUAAAUGCUCUACUGUCA